CGUGGGCGGGUGUUCUAAGCCAGCCAUGGAUGUGCCUGGGAACCUAACCGACUUUCCCGUCUCCACUCCUUCGCCCUCGGAGACCAACUGCAGCCUGGGCGCGGAAGAUCAGCGCCCCCACCCGCCCCUUCUCUCGGUCUUCGGGGUGCUCGUUCUGACCUUGCUGGGCUCGCUCGUGGCGGCCACGUUCGCCUGGAACCUACUGGUGCUGGCGACCAUCCUGAGGGUGCGCACCUUCCACCGUGUGCCGCACAACCUGGUGGCCUCCAUGGCCAUCUCGGACGUCCUGGUGGCCGCCCUGGUCAUGCCUUUGAGCCUGGUGCACGAGCUCUCCGGGCGCCGCUGGCAUCUGGGCCGGCGGCUGUGCCAGCUGUGGAUCGCUUGCGAUGUGCUCUGCUGCACGGCCAGCAUCUGGAACGUGACAGCCAUCGCGCUGGAUCGCUACUGGUCCAUCACCCGCCACCUGGAGUACACGCUCCGCGCCCGCCAGCGGGUCUCCAAUAUCAUGAUCGCGCUCACCUGGGUCCUCUCGGCGGUCAUCUCCCUGGCCCCCUUGCUCUUCGGCUGGGGGGAGACCUACUCGGAGGGCAGCGAGGAGUGCCAGGUGAGCCACGAGCCGUCCUACACCGUGUUUUCCACCGUGGGCGCCUUCUACCUGCCCCUCUGCGUGGUCCUCUUUGUCUACUGGAAGAUCUACAAAGCUGCCAAGUUCCGCGUGGGCUCUAGGAAGAUCAACAGCGUCUCACCCAUGUCCGAAGCUGUGGAGGUGAAGGACACGGCUCAGCAGAUGGUGUUUACUGUCCGCCAUGCCACCGUCACCUUUCAGACGGAAGGGGACACCUGGAGGGAACAGAAAGAGCAAAAAGCUGCUUUGAUGGUGGGCAUCCUCAUUGGGGUGUUUGUUCUCUGCUGGAUUCCCUUCUUCAUCACUGAACUCAUCAGUCCUCUCUGUUCAUGUGACAUCCCUGCCAUCUGGAAAAGCAUUUUCCUUUGGCUUGGCUACUCCAAUUCCUUCUUCAACCCUCUGAUCUAUACAGCUUUCAACAAGAACUACAAUAGUGCGUUUAAGAACUUCUUUUCCAGGCAACGCUGAGUAGAAGGAUCUGAGAGAAAUAAGAACUAUUCCCAUACAUUUAAUUUAUUUAAUCUAUUUCCCUAAUCCUAUC